AUGUCUCACUACCGCGUCGCAGCGAUAGAUCUGUCUGGUGCGGGUGACAGUGGCUACCGCAGCCAUUAUUCACCGGAUCAGUUUGCCGCUGAGGUGGUAGGUAUUGCCGAUGACGCCGGAUUUGGCGAUGACCUCAUUGUUGUCGGCCACAGUUUUGGCGGUUUUAUCACGCUUAAAACCGGCCUUCUGUUCAACGAACGUCUGUCAGGGAUAGUGCUGGUCGAUUCGGCGGUCAGGCCGCCGGAUUUCAAGUGGGAGCGUGACCCGCGUCGCUCACCAAUAAAACCCAAACGCAUCUAUCCAACCUUUGAGGAAGCGCUGGGACGCUUUCGUCUGAUGCCGCCGCAGGAUUGCUCAAAUGAAUAUGUGCUGGACUACAUCGGGCGGCAUUCUCUGAAAGAGACGGAAGGCGGUUGGACCUGGAAGUUCGACGACCAGAUGUUCAACAAGUUUGAGUUUGGCGACAACAUGCAUGAAGAGCUGGCUUUGCUGAAAUGUCGAGUCGCUGUCAUGUAUGGUGAGAACAGCUAUCUGUUCAGCCAGGACAUUGCUGAUUUCAUGUUCGAAGUUCUGGAUGAGUCGGUUGUUGAUGCGGGUGUCCCAGGCUUUUGCUUCGGGCUCACCCCACUGGUCACCCAGCGCGUCAGCCACGGUAUUGCGCAGCGCGCCGAGAAAGGCAGGGUACAUUUCAAGGUGUACCGCAUAAGCGCUGAUAUGGUUGGUCACUUCCCAGCGCAGAUAAUCGUUGGUGCUGGCCGCAUCUUCGUCGAGCAGCAGUUCGAUGGUCUGUGCCAGCAUGCGGCCUUUCAUGCCUUCAUCAGAGUGUGCCAUCAGCUCGGAAGCCUCUGGAUUGGCAUCAAAAAAUGUUUUGUAAACAGCUGGAGAGAUAUCUCCCGCGCGUUCACCACAUCGUUCCAGGCCAACAGUUAUUCAGCAGAAUCGAUCUCCAAUCUGGGCUUCGACUGGGUCUGUGUUGAUCUGCAGCAUGGGAUUAUCGACUACACCGACCUGGCGCAGAUGUUACCUGCCAUAUCCACUACCGAGACAACACCCAUUGUCCGCGUGCCUUGGAAUGAACCCUACGAGAUCAUGAAAGUGCUGGACGCUGGCGCUUACGGCGUCAUUGUGCCAAUGGUUAAUAACCGCAGUGAAGCGGAGCAGGCGGUUCACGCCUGCCGCUAUCCGCCGCUGGGUAACCGUUCCUUCGGACCGAUCCGGGGUGCGCUCUACGGUGGUCGUGGCUAUGCUCAGGAAGCCAAUGAUCAACUGGCGUGUAUAGCCAUGAUCGAAACCCGGGAAGGUAUCGAUAACGUUGAAGAAAUUGUCACAACACCUGGCCUCAAUGGUAUUUACAUCGGGCCUGCUGACCUGGCUCUGGCGAUGGGGCUGGAUGUUUACGGUGACCAGCCACAGGAAGAACAUCUGGAGAUGGUCAAAUAUAUCCAGAGUGUCUGUCUGAAACACAAACAGGCCAUUGGUAUCCACACUUCCAGUCUGGAAUACGCGCAGAAGUAUCUGAGUCUCGGCUUUAACUUCGUUACCCUGGGCAGCGAAAGUGGCCAUAUGAUGAAAAAUGCGAGCCGGGAGCUGGCGGCCGCUCGGGGUACAGUCCAGGCAGAACGUGAAAGCACCGGUGGGGAGCUUGCCCAGCAUCUUUUGCAGAAGUAUGACGUCAAAGGUGUCGGUGUAGAGGCGACUGAGGCAGGGGAUCAUUACGAUCCCAGUGCAAAAAUGGUGCGGCUCUCUGAGGCCAAUUUUAAUGGCAAAUCGCUGACCGCAGUAGCGAUUGCUGCUCACGAAGUCGGCCAUGCUUUGCAGGAUCACAUGGGCGAUAAACAUCUGGCAGCAAGAACGCGGCUGGCACCGCUGGCUGAUCGCAUCGCACGCAUCUCCAGUGCAGCCAUCUGGCUUGCCCCUGUAGUCGGCUUGUUAACCCGGCACCCCAUACCUUUUUCCGGCCUGAUUCUAAUCGGUAUGAGUGGUCUGGUGGCCCGCAUGUUAGUACAUCUGGUGACAUUGCCUACAGAAUGGGAUGCCAGCUUCGGCAAAGCUUUGCCUGCAUUGGAAGAAGGCCAGUACAUUGCGCCAGGAGAAGAGCACACCAUUCGCAGAAUAUUGCGCGCAGCCGCUCUUACAUACUUUGCUGCAGCGCUUGCGGAUGUUCUGAAUCUAUUUCGCUGGGAAGUGCGCGCCUUUGAGCAUCAGUUGGAGGAAUCUCUGCGCAACCCGGAAGGCUGGUACACGAGUUUUGUGCCUGCGGUGCGACCGGGUUACAGCGGCGUUGGCAUCUACAGCCGCACGAAACCUGAUCGGGUCAUCAACAUUCUGGGCGACGAGCAAUACGAUGUGGAAGGUCGUUUCAUGGUUGCGCAAUAUGGCCGUACCUCUGUCGCCUCGGUGUAUUUUCCCAAAGGCAGCGGUAAAGAUCGUGAUAACUCAAGGGUGCCCUAUAAGCUGGGUUUUUACCGAAAGGUUUUCGAAACCGUAGAAAAGCUGAAGAAACGGGGUCCGGUUUUUGUGACCGGAGACUACAACACCGCGCACACUGAAAUAGAUCUGGCGCGUCCGAAAACCAAUAAGAAAUCCAGCGGCUUCCUGCCUGAGGAGCGAGAGGAAAUAAGCCGCUGGUUGGCAGCGGGUUGGGUAGAUACUUUCCGCACGCAGCAUCCAGAUGAAGAAGGUCAUUACACCUGGUGGCGCCAGUUUGGUGGGGCCCGUGAAGAUAAUGUGGGCUUUGCACCCGUCAAUAUGGAGUGUGACGUCUACGACAUGGUUGUCGAAGGCGAAAUACCACACGCGCUACGGGGUACGUUCUACCGUAAUGGCCCCAACCCACAAUUUGCCCCGCGUGGCGAUUACCACUGGUUUGGCGGCGACGGCAUGAUUCAUGCGUUUCAUUUAGGUGACGGCAAAGCCUCGUAUAAGAAUCGUUGGGUGAAAACAAAAAAAUGGCAGGUGGAACAUGAGGCUGGCCGAUCCCUGUUCAGUGCGUUUAAUCCCCUUGAUAACGAUGAAAGCGUGGCGGGGAUGGAAACAGAUGGCCUAGCCAAUACCAACAUCGUCUGGCAUGGCGGGAAGUUGCUCGCGCUGGAAGAAGCCCAUGCACCGUUUGAACUGGAUCCUGUGACGCUAGAGUCUGUCGGCGCUCAUACCUUCGGGGGUAAGUUGCAGGGGCCCAUGACGGCCCACCCGAAAAUUGAUCCGGAAAAUGGCGAGAUGCUGUUCUUUGGUUACAACAUCGACGGUAUGUUGUCCGAAAACAUGUCUUUUCACGUGGUAGAUAAAGACGGCAACCUGGUCCGGUCUGAAACGUUCAAAGCACCUUACUCAGCCAUGGUGCACGAUUUUAUGGUUACCAGAGACCACGUGAUCUUUCCGAUCAUGCCGUUAACAGGUUCUCUUGAACGUGCCAUGCAGGGUGCUCCGGUUUACGCCUGGGAGCCUGAGAAAGGGGUGCAUAUCGGUAUCAUGCCGCGAAAUGGCAGCGUUAAAGAUUUACGCUGGUUCCGUGGUGAGCCCGGCUAUGUGUUCCAUCCAAUGAACGCACACUCUGAUGGCGAUACAGUGGUUUGUGACGUAUGUGAGUUUGAGCAGGCGCCACUGUUUCCUGGACCGGACGGCACCCCGGGAGACCCGAACAAGGCGAUUCCACGCCUGACCCGCUGGUCGUUUGAUCUGGCCAAGAACACCGAUGACUACAAAUGGGAACGUCUGGAUGAUAUUGCGUGUGAAUUUCCGCGCCUGGAUGAGCGUCGCUCCGGUCUUUCCUACCGACAUGGAUAUGUCGCCUGUGACACCCGGCCGAAGUUCAAGGUUGGUGGUUUUAAUGCGAUCGCUCACGUCGACCAUAAAACCGGUGCCAUGGAUUUGUACGACGUCGGUGAGGCGUGCGCCACCAAUGAACCGAUAUUUGUACCUGCCAGCGAUGAUGCACCUGAAGUCAUCUGGUGA